AACAAUUUCUUUGUCCCCGGAGUGGCCUCGCGACGCCACUCGGUGCCCGGCGUCGAUGCGAGAGUCCAUAUGUGUGUCAAGCCGAAGAAAAAGAAACCGCCGCCCUGGGGAAUUGCAUGGAAAACGGGGGAGUAGUCCCCCUGACGAACAGCCUAAUAAACGAGACAUAUUACUUUGACAUACUAUUUCAACACCCUGUAUAUAUGGAAAUUUUACGGAUCCAUCCCCAUCGGCCCGUAAAUAUAUUUUUCUAAGUCGCAGGCCGGAAUCGUCGAGAUAGGCAACCAGAUAUACGCCGGAUACCGAUAAAGAUGCCCUGGAAUCUAUUCGCUUUUAAUCAACUCGUCAGUAGCACGUCAGAUAGGAAAAUGGCGACUCACCCUAUCGAUAUUUACUAUUUCCCGCCGAGCGCCCCGUCCCGCGCGACGCUGUUAUUGAUAAAAGCGCUCGGCAUCGAUCACAACGUUAAAAUUACCAACAUAUCGCAGGGGGACCAAAUGAAACCGGAAUUCUUACAGAUGAACCCUUUACACACCAUUCCCCUCAUCAAUGAUAACGGAUUCAUCAUAUACGAAAGCAACGCCAUAAUGAAAUACCUGGUUGACCAAUACGGCAAAGACGACAGCCUGUCGCCCAAAGAUCCGAAAAAGGCCGCAAUUGUGGACAUGAGGCUGUACUUCUGCGCCUGUCACCUGUUUCCCAAGUUCAGACAGUAUUACAUACCGACGAUGUUCCAAUCAAAGCCGCCUUCGUCCGAGGCCUUGCGAGAGCUGGAGGAAGUGUUGACGAUCGCCGACGGGUACCUAAAAGACCAGCCGUGGUUCGCCGGGCACCAAAUGACUGUCGCCGACUUUGCCAUCGUCUCGUUCGUGGCCACCAUCGACGCCGCCGGCGGUGUCGACUUGGCAGCCUACCCAGAGAUACUUCAAUGGUACCAAAGGGCCAGAUCUUCGAUGGCAGGUUUCGGAUACGACGAAGUCAUCAGGCAUGGCGCCGCCAUAUUCGCAGAGGCCUACAAGAACAAACUGAACAGCAUUUAAACCACAUAGCGUCGCUUUUACGUGUAACAAUACUAGUACAAAGUUCUUCUUCUUUUUUGCGAUGGGCAUUAGUACAGUAUCAGUCACUUUCGGUUAGUUUUGUUAGUCGCGCACCGCGUUCUACGUGUUUUCCGUAGCGAAUUACAAUGAAAAUGUCGUAACCUUAGCUAAAAGUAGCGAUUCGAUGUUAGGUCAUGAAAAUUUUUUCAGAGCGCAUUUCAAUUAACAUAGUUAAGAGUUUGUGUGAACAAGCAACAUCCAACUAACGUUAGGACGUACCCUGUCUUACUGAUAAGCGACGACGCACCCUAGAUGUAAGAUGUUUGCCUUUGUGUAUAGCGAAAUGUUGUGUCAGCACCGACACCAGAGUGUUUAGGUAGACAACCACCACCCGAGUGUUAUUUUGUAGUAAUAAACUCUGGCACCGAGCAGAA